CAUGUAGACGCAAGUAAACUCUAAACGACUCAAAAUGGGCACACUAACACUGUCAAUUGAUUAGUAAAAGCCGGCAAGUAAUGUUGUGUUUUUAGACAAUAGCGACAUGAAAGUUCGGUUAUGUAGGAAACAAGAUGGCGCUGUCCAUGGAGACGUCACCUGCAAGGGUCAGUUUAUGCGGUUUUCUGCUUGGAUCGACGUCAUUCUGGGUGUAUUUACUAUGCAAUUUACUCACAAUUCUUCAGGAAUUAUGGAACAGUCACUUUUGGAUUGUCAUUGUUGCCGGGUGGUCUUUCUGCAUGCUGGGAAUGACACGGAUGUUGUUGACAGACAGGCAGGCAUACAUUGAACAUGUUCAGAGUAUUUAUAGAGCCUGGUUCCUGGGAAGUGGCUGCGGCCUUGGCCUUGUGAUAAGCUGUCACUGUCCGUCCAUUAGUCACUUUGGAUGGUACUUCACAGCUCUGAGCAUCUUCCACUGGUCAGAGUAUUUCACGAUGGCAGUGACCAACCCUCGGUCUCUUGCUCUGGAGUCGUACCUGCUUGAUCAUAGCAAAGAGUAUGCGGUGGCUGCAGUAGCCAGCUGGGUGGAGUUCACUGUGGAAUGGUUUUUAGCACCUGGUCUCAAACAGUUUCGAUACAUCAGCCUAUUGGGACUUUCGUUUGUGAUAUCGGGUGAGGUGGUGCGAAAGCUGAGUAUGAUCACCGCCUCUACGAACUUCAACCAUUACGUGCAGUACAGGAAACAGCGCGAUCAUCAACUGGUCACCCAUGGCAUAUACUCACUAUGCAGGCAUCCGUCCUAUGUUGGCUGGUUUUUAUGGAGUAUUGGAACUCAGAUUAUUCUGUGUAACCCAGUGUGCCUUAUUGGCUAUACCAUAGUGUCAUGGCGGUUCUUCAACGAGAGAAUAUACGAGGAGGAAAUAGCCCUGCUCAAUUUCUUUGGGGAGGACUAUUUGGACUAUCAACGACGAGUUGGAACUGGGAUACCUUUCAUAAAAGGUUUUGAUGGAUCUGGUCAUAAAAUAUGAUUAUAGUGUUAUUUUAGUGUAAAAAUAUUUAUUUAAUUAAAUAAAAUGGCUAAUAUGGAAUGAUUAUUUACGCACCUUGAUUAACCCGGUUUUCCCAAAGACGGGCUUAAUGGAAUAAGCAUGAUGUUUGCUCAAUGUUUAAUAGUAAAUAAAUUCAUAAACAAUUGCUCAGAAGUCAAAAUGCUAGUUCCUACCUAGUAAAAUAUUUGUAUUGUUAAGUUAAGUAUUUCAUUAUUCCCACUGCCAACAAUACAUGUAGGUGAGAUUGGGGAUAUGUAGUAAUCGAAUUAUCUAUUGUCCAUCACUUUGUUGUCCUUCAAAAAAACUUGCUCUCCAUAAUUUCCUCAUUCAUGGAAGAAUAUUUGCAUACCCUAUAACAAAUAGAACAUAGAACCUGAUAGUUCAUGUGUCAGGGUAUCACAUUUAAGAAGCAGAUGCUUUAUUCAAGGUCAAGGUUAUACUUAAAAGUAAAAGUACAGAUCUUAAUUGUUCUGCGGAUCAUGUGCAUCUUUACUUCCCCAUGCAUAAUUAGACAGAUAUCAAGGACGAGAACCAGAUGUCUAUCUAUAUGACCUGGAUCAUCUUUUGAGGUCAAAGUUUAAAUUCAGCUUUGACAUUUUCUGAUAGGACUUAUAUCUCUAUAAAUUAACCCUUUAUUGAAGGAGUUCAAUAACUUGGUUUCAUUAACAGUUUGUAAUACAAGAUCAACAUAGUUACCUUUAUGGUCAAUGUCAAAGUCAUGUAUUUAGGUCAAAGAUUUUAAAAGCUUUGUCUAUUUGUCUAUGCUCCAUGUCUGUAUUGAAAUUGUAUGUUGGGGAUAUAAAUGACCAUUAAUGAUUCAUGUAUCUAUAAUUUGCUUAAAUUCCUUGAAAGUGUACUAUUUUGGCAAAAUUAUUCAAAUAUAAAUAAUUGUUUUCCUUAAACUAGAAAUGGCGCGGCAGAGGCCGACGCGUAUCCCCACAUCACAUAUUUGACCCAGGGGCACCUCAGGGUUUGUAAUGGGGCCAUGCAUAGUUGAGAUUGACUGUAUUGUCAUAAGAAAUGUUCAGUAUCAAUUGGAAGUAAAUCGGUGUAGAAAUGAAGCAGUUAAUGUAAAAUAACAUUAAACAAGAGAUGUGUUUGUCAGAAACACAAUGCCCCCUACUGCACCGCUUUGAUUUAUUAAAAAAAUUAUCAUUUGGCAGGUUCAUUAAUUACAACCCUUUAAAGCUUAUUACUUCCCUUGUUUGUUUGUUUUUUACCUUUGACUUUGAAGGAUGACCUUGGCCUUUCACCACUCAAAAUGUGCAGCUUCAUGAGAUACACAUGCUUGUCAAAUAUCAAGUUGCUAUCUUCAAUAUUGCAAAAGUUAUGGCCAAUGUUAAUGUACAUAAAAUAAAUAAAUGUGUGAAAAUCUCUGACCCGGCACCACCCCAACCCCCAUAACUUUUGACCCAGGGGUCAGUUCAAAAUUCCAAAUAGUGCAGGGUCGCAGAUAUGCUCAUAGCUACCAUGUUUGUAAGUUUCAAGGGUAUAGUGCUUAUAGUGUAGGAGGAGAUAGUCGCCAGGACGGACAGAGGGACGGCAGAGAUAUCCACAAUAUCCCCAUGCUUUUCAAAAAGCGUCGGGAUAAUGAAAAAACAUCUUGCAUUUAGAAGUGUGUUAUGUUGGUAUGGGCUUAUACCAGCAGAUCUGUUUCAUAGCAUCCAAGAUGUACUGUUGGUUUUUCUAUUGUUAUGAAUCUGAAGUGAAUCUCAAAUAGUCAUUAAUGGAGUUGCCCUAUGUAAAAUUGGGCUCCAUAGAAUAAUUUAUUAUCAACUAAGGUUUUCUUCAGUGUUUAUUACCUCAUGUAAUGAUUAGCCAUGAUAAAGCCGUCACACAUGUUUUUGCUCAUCAAGCAAUCUGAUUUAUUUUACUUCCUGGUUUUCACCAUAAAAACAUUUGAACAAUGCUCAAGUGUGCAAGACAAAACAAUGAACUUUCAAUAAUGUACUAUAUGAAUGCAUUAUGAAAAACAUAUUAACACUUAUCAACCAACAUACUAUAGAUACAUGUGGCUUUAAAUUUCCACGUUUCUAUAGUACACUGAUGCAAUCUCCAUGUUCAUACUUGUACAUGCUGUUCUGACAGUAACUACGACGCAUGAUGUAUAAUAGCCUUCAAUAUGGUUACUUUCCUAAUUGCCAUCACUUUAGUUUUAGAUGUAAUGUGUGUCAUCUAAAGAUUUCAAUAAGAAAUUGAAUGCACAUGUUUUCUUACAUUAAAUUGUCAUUCCAAUCAAAGGAAACAAUUCACUUUUUCUACAGCAUUAACCACACAGAAAUUGAUCACAUUUUUUUUCUCAUUACAAAGCUGGUGGGAUGAUGAUUGAUGAAAAUGUUAUUUCUAUAAUAUAUUUCUUUGGAUUGCUUAUUUAUGUAUUGAAUGCUUGUGAUCUAUUAAUAUUAGAAUCUUGUACAUGAUACAGAAAAUUAAAUUGCACUGAAAUUCAUUUACAUACAAAAAUAGUAUUGAUUUUAGGGAUGAUUUAUAACAAUUCAAAUAUUGUUGAGCAUUAUAUUGCAUUUUUAUUUAAUUAAAUAUGUUUUGAAAAAUUUGCUAGUUCGAAAUUAUGUUCUGUCUGUAAAGAUUAUACUGGUUGGGGCCCUUGCUACAGUUACAUGAUAGGGGAGGUGAUCACUGUGAGGAAUUUGGUUAAACACGUUGGCUUACCGAACUUGUUGCCUGUCUCGAUGUAGGAGUUGUCUUAAUUUAUGCAAGUUUCAUGUUGAUACUGUUUUAUUAUGCUCCCUCAAAAUUUAUUUUGGGGGGAGCAUAUAGUCGCCGCUUCGUCUGUCCGUCCGUGUGUCCGUCCGUGCACAAUUUUUGUCCGGGCUAUUUCUCAGCAACUAAUGACAGAAAUUCACUGAAACUUUAUGGGAAGCUUAACUUCCAAGAGUAGAUGUGUCCCCCCCCCCCCAACUACUGUGCCCUCAAGACGUUUCCUUUUAUCUGAAUAUAUAGUGCAAUAUUGUGACAAAAAAAAACUUUGGGGAGCAUCACCCGUCUCCGACGGUUUCUUGUUGCAUGUAAAUAGUCUGUUGUAAUUUAUGCCCAUAUAAAUUAUGCAAUAUGUUAAUAAACAACCCUCAUAAAUUUAUUGUACAUAUAUGAUAAUGUAAUAUAAAGUAUAUAUAAGACUGUUCAUGUCAGGUAAAGUACAUUAUGCGAUGAAUUCCAGUAGUCUGCUGUGAUUAAUUAUAAAGCUUGGUUAACAAAUAAAAUAGUUGAACAAA